CGAAGCAUCAACUGUCCUAUGUAGUUUAUCCGUCUGGUUGUGGUGCUGCUGCAUUUAUUGUACGUUUGCGUUUGCAUUGUUUCGACUGAAAUAUCUACAAACUUUCAUAAAUAUUGAAUGUAAAAUAUUUCCCUGGAUUUAUUCAAGCUUCAACCAGUCCUGUUUGUGUUUUUUUCCGAUUUUUUUCUUUUUAAAAAUGCAAACUUUGAGAGUGCGUGUUUUUAAUAGUUCGGGAGUGGGGAAUAAAAUAUUUUUAAGGAACGCCGUUACUUCCACUGAUGCCGAAACACAGAAUCUUAGACCAUGGAAGGAAAUCCCUGGACCAACCAGUCUACCCAUCAUUGGAUCUCUCUUUAGUUUUUUGCCUGGAGGGAAACUGUAUGGACACAAAGGGGUGAAAUUAUCGGAAAGACUUUACCAACUAUAUGGGCCUAUAGUGCGAUUCGACGGGGUUUUUGGUGGACAGGCUAUGAUUCAGUUAUUUCAUCCAGAAGCGAUAGAACAUGUGCUUCGUUCUGAAGAGCCGAUGCCACUACGUCCCGGGCUGCAGACUUUAGAGUACUAUCGGAAGCGUCACAAUAAGAUCUACGACCCUACAAGGAUAACCGGACUUGCCUCUGACCACGGCGAAACUUGGAGAGAUUUCCGAACCAAAGUAAACCCAAUAAUGAUGCAGCCAAAGACAAUUAAAUUGUACACCAAUGUGCUGGAGGAAGUGUCUAAUGACUUAGUUGCAAGGUUGAAAUCUUUUCGUGAUGAAAACAAGAGAAUAACGAAGAAAUUCAACGUGGAAAUGAAUCUGUGGUCACUAGAGUCUAUAGGAGUAGUUGCUCUCGGGACUCGACUAAACUGCUUUGAUCCUAGUGUACCAGAUGACUCACCAGCAAAGAAGCUGAUACAAAACGUUCACGACAUCUUCAAUAUUGCGGAAAAACUGGAUUUUGGUGUCAGUCCUUGGAGAUUAUUCUCGACCCCAAUGUUUAAAAAAGCUAUGAAGAUUUAUGAAGAACACGAAAGGAUAACGAAAUAUUUUAUUGACCAAGGGAUAAAAAGGUUGGAGGAAUCGAAAAGGAAUGCAGCAGAGAGUUCAAACUCUGAGAAACCAAUUCUAGAGAAACUGUUGGAAAUUGAUUUUCGGAUAGCACACAUCAUGGCUUCGGAUAUGUUACUGGCAGGAGUAGAUACGGCUGCCAACACUGCAAUCGCAACAUUGUAUCUUCUCGCAAUCAAUCCUGAGAAACAGGACAAGCUCCGAGAAGAAAUAAUGAGCAAGCAAACCCGGAAGCCUUAUCUAAGGGCGGUCAUCAAAGAGUCCAUGAGGAUACUGCCGGUGGCCAAUGGAAACGUGAGGCUGGCGACUAAAGAAUACAAUCUGCUUGGAUAUAAAAUACCGAAAGACGUUCUGAUAGUGUUCUCCCAUCAGUACAUGUCAAACAUGGCGACCAACUACCCGCGGCCCGACGAGUAUAUCCCAGAGAGAUGGCUGGCCGAGAAGGACGAUCCCUUGUAUUAUGGCAACACACAUCCAUUUGUUAUGGCUCCGUUUGGCUUUGGAGUCAGAAGUUGUAUAGGUCGCCGCAUUGUAGAGCUGGAGCUGGAAAUGAUGGUGUCCAAAAUCAUAGAGAAUUUCAAGAUAGAGUGGACAAGCAGUGAACCCAUACGAAUAGCUCCCACUACACUCAAUUAUAUCACGGAGCCAUUCCACUUUGUUUUCAAAGAUUUAUAAAUGCCUAGAUUAUUUGUGAUGGAAACAUUUAAAACAUAUAAGGACCAUAGAGGAACAAUUUGACAGAGGCCGCGCAACUGACGACCAGCUGUGACACUGCAAUGGCGGAAGAUUUCAAUGUGUGCGUGUCACGAAUGUAUACCUAGGCGGAUUGAGAACAUUUUCUCUAGUUUGGUACGAACACCUUUCUAACUCGGGUAUAAGGUUCAAUUUAGUAUGGCAAAAAAGUGCGACCGCCCUUCACUUUAGGUACAACUUCAUGGAUUAAUAUCGUAUUUUACGAAAGAUAAUGUGAUAAUGGAUUAACUUACGUAUGAACAUUUA